UUUCCGAAUCAUUCGAACGUUUCAUUACACGAGCAGAAAUAAAAGCGAUAUAAAGGUUAUAAAAUACAAAGUUUUGUUUUUUUACGACUUCAAAGAAGGGGUUCCCAAAAUUUCUGAAAUUGUCAGAACUCCAUUUUAUAAUGCAAGAUGUCAUGGUUGUCAGGAUUGACUGGGAAAGCUGAAGAUUUCCUAAACAAAUUAGACCAGUCGGCAGCCCAGGCUCUCCACAAGGCUGAAGAGGAGGCUCGUCUUAACGCAUCACUUCCCAUCUCAUCAGAUAUUCACUCUCCUCCAUCCUCCCAAUCAACUCGACAGUUAGCCCAGACAGGUUCACAGAGUGUGCCUGCAAAGUCGUCAAGGCCCAGUGGUGAUUUCUCUUCUUAUGGCGUCAGUACACCAGUAAAACCUACCAAACUACAAACUUCUGGACCCACUAGGACCGCAAAACCCAAACUGACUGAAGCUCCAGUAAAGCAAACCACCCCUGAAACAACUGCUAGUCAAGAUGUCCCCGCAAAGAAAAAAAUAGACACUGAUGCUGCCUUAUUUGACUUUUUAAACAGUCCAGAACCAGUAGAAGUGAAAAAGACAGAACCACCAGAGACCAAAAAGAAAGCUACCCCUGCCAGCAGUGCAAGACAUUCCAGACAAUCCAGUACUUCCUCCAUUGUGUCAAACAAGGGAGGAAAGGUCAUACAGGAAAUUGAUACACCUGUCUCAACCAGUGGAUCAUCCAUAGUUCACAUUGAAUCUCUUCCAUCAGGCUCAGAUCACGGAGAUGUGAGCCCCACAGAGCUGGAUGGCACCACUGAUGUGGCAGCCCUUGAGGAUGCCAUGCUGGAACAGAGUCCCAGUAACAGUGUACACAGUAACCAGGAGACAGAGCCUCACAGUGAGCUACAACAGAAAGUAUCAUCACUAGAGCUCGAAAAUAAACUCCUGAAAAAUGAAGUCGCAUCCCUCAACCAGGAAAUGGCAACUGUUCUUCAGAGGUCCAAAGACGCACAAAAUGAGGUGGAACUGAUGAGGAAAAAGCUGGAGGGUAAUCAGAGGACUCAGUCCCAGUCAGACCAGAUGGUGAGGGAGUUACAGUCACGCGAGUCCGACCUGAUGGAGGCUCUCCAAGCCAAGGACUCCCAGCUUGGAGUGCUCCGGAUACGUCUGGAGGAGGCAGACAAACAGAUCGAAUCCAAACAGAAGAGCAUUGCUGGUCUGGAGGGUGAGAGAAGCAGAAUACUGAGGGACCACAGUGAUUCGAGUGGGGUACAUGGUCAAGCUUUGGAUUCCUUGCAAGCCAAACUGUCAGAGGUGGAGGCAACUCUACGCAGAGAGCAGGAUUCUCUCAAACAAGUGCAACAAGAAGCCACAGUUCGACAGAGUCGUUUGGAAGAGGAACAGAGAAGUUUAGCUGAUGCUUUGACUGCCGCUGAAAGAAGGGUCAAUGAAGAAAAAAGUAAAGCGAAUGAUUUAACCAAUCAGCUCAAAGCAGCUAAACAAAAUGCAGAAAGUGCCAAACAGGAGUUGGUAGACUAUAAAGAGAAAGCAGCAAGAAUUUUACAGUCAAAAGAGCGGUUGAUAGCCAGUCUAAGGGAGGGGUCUGGAGCCUCCGGGGAGUCAGUGGGCGUGUCCAAUCUGGAGUAUGACUCCGUGAAACAGGAGCGAGACAUGUUCCGGGAGGAGCUACAGCAGUACAAGAUGACUAUUGAGAACAUGAGAAUGGAACUGUUGGAUAUGGAGACCCAUCUCCAACAGGAGAGUGAUACAUCCAAUGAACAGAUCCGCUCCUUGGAGGAAAACGUCCGCAGUGAAAAACAGAGAAGGGAAGACGCAGAACAGGAACUGUUGAAACAAAAACAGGAACUUCAAUACAACCUAGAGGAGCUGAGGAAAACUAAGAUGUCCUAUCAGACUUGUAUCAAGGACAGGGAAGCUGAGAUUGAGAAACUUAGAAACCAGAUCAUGACCAAGUCAAUGAGUUCAUCCACGGAGGGUGAGUUGGAGGCUCGAGUUAAAACUCUGACGGAGAGUCUCAUCCAGAAACAAACAACUCUGGAAACUUUGAGCACUCAGAAGAACUCACUGGCCCUACAGCUAGAGAGACUAGAGCAACAGUAUAAAGAUAUUCAGUCGUCCUCACUGCGCACAAAUACCACAGUGGUCAAUGUACACGAUGAGGAAGAAGUGCGACAGAGGUACCCUGGCUUUAUGAGGGAGACACCAACAGAUCAUGAGGUCACCAAGAAAAUGAAGAGGGCUGCCAAUGUCAUAGACAAAUUCAGCAUAAGACUUGGAGUAUUUCUAAGAAGAUAUCCUAUUGCUAGAGUGUUUAUCCUCAUGUACAUGGUAUUGCUUCACCUGUGGGUGAUGGUAGUUUUACUGACAUAUCAACCAGAAAUGCAUGGGUCCGAAAACCACGUCCAGCCCCUGCCCCCCAAAUAACCAGAGACAACUAGCAAUGGUUCAUUGUAUCAGCUGUGAUAUUGCUACUUCAUGCUUUCAAAUGCUAGCAGACCCUGUAAUCAGAUACUUUUAAAACUGUGUGUUUUGUCGACAGACUGUUUCUUGUAUAAUGUUAUAUGUAUACGUGGUUCAGCUUUGAUGAAAUGGUACAAUUUUUAAAAAAGUUUUCAAUGUUAUGAUGAGAGAGAGAGAGAGAGAGAGAGAGAGAGAGAGAGAGAGAGAGAAUCUAUAUAAUAUUCACUUUAAACCUUGACAAUUUUUCCACUGUCACCUCAAUCAGAUGCAGUUAUUAUUUACAACUGUUAACAAAGUUUCCUUCAUACUAUCAUUGCCCUUCCCCAGCCAUUCCUUGAAAUUUCCUCUCAAGUUAAUUAUUGCUGUACAUGCUAAUACAAUCCAAGUAUCGACAUCCACAUAAACAAACAAUUACUUGUAUACAAUAUUCUGUCUGUAUCUUGGUUGUUAUUCUUCAUAGUGAAAAUCAUUUCAGACAGGGUCAUAAGUUUUCAUGCAUAACAUCACAAUUACCAUAUUUCUUUAUUUGAUGGUCACUUUGUGGUUAAUAUAAUCAUGUAAAUGUACAUGCCUGCAUACAUGUACAUAAAAUUAUAUUUUACACUGUUUAUUUGUAAUAUUUACAUAAAGUUAUAAUAGUAAGUAUAACGAGUACAUGUGAGGGCCAUUGAUUUAAUAAGGUACACAACACUGUUAUUGUACAAGAUUCUUUUGAAGAAGUCACCAUUUUAAGAUCAUCAGUAGUUGCAUUUUGUUUUGCAAACUUUUCAUGUUGUUGUGUUCAGAAUAUUACUUUAAAUGGAGAACAUUUCCUCAAAUUUUUUUUUUCUAAUCUUACCGGUAAUCAAAUAUGAUUUUAGCAAUUUGAUUGGCUGGAACCGAGCGCUGUGCAUUGUGUAGACAGUGUCUAUGCCCAUAACAGGAUCCACAUCCAUUUUUUUUUUUCAAUAUUGAUGGGAAAUGGUUUAUAUGUUUUGUGCUUAAUGUUAAAAUUAGAAGUUAUUGCAUUUACCAGAACCUGGUACAUGUAACAAUUUCAUUAAAGUGUGUAAAAUAAUAAAGCUGCAUUUUAAAACCAUUUCUUAAGGAAAAGUUUACUUACAUACAUACAUACCGUAAUUUAUUUGUACAUAGAAAAUCUCUAAAAAAUAAUGCAUCAAGAUCUGAACUUAUCAAGAUAAAGACACAUUGAUAAUACAUGUAAUGUAAUCGUAAACCAUUUGAAGAAUUGUGUUGUGCAGUGUCUGUACAAGGAAUAAGGUGCAUUUUGUUGACAGAGGAAUUUGUUAUUUAUGUGGUAUUUUAUUAUUAAAGUAUAUGACCAGUUAA